AUGUCUGCAAAAGAUAUGAAGAAAUACAACAAUAACAACAUUUCUCCCGUGACAGUCAAAGCCAAGGUGGUGUGUGACGAGACCAAGAUGACGGUAGAAGUGGAGAAGUCCUCUGUUACUGAAAUUCACGAGGACCACCUCCGCCUCAACGAUCCCAGUAACUGUGCCUGCGACCUGCAACGCCUCUCUAACAGCACCCACAUCAUUGGAGUCAUCCCCCUCAAUGCCUGUGGCACUCAGAUAGAGGAGGACGACGACAACCUCAUCUUCAAGAACCAAAUCACCACCUUCGACAACCCCAACGACAUCAUCACCAGGCAGCACCAGGUGGAGAUCCAGUUCUACUGCCAGUACGCCAAACGUGGCAACGUGUCCCUGGGCUUCAGUGCACACAGGAACAACAUCACGGUGAUGGAGAAAGGCUUCGGCACGUUCACCUACCAGUUUGAGUUCUACCAGACCAGCCAGUUCACCGACAUGGUGGAUCCCCGUGACUACCCGUUAGACGUGGUGGUGAAGCAGAUGAUCUACAUGGACAUCGAGGCCGUGUCCACUGUGAACAACACGGAGCUCUUUGUGGAGUCCUGCAGAGCGGCGCCGUACGACAACCCCAACUACCACCCCACCUACCCCAUCAUAGAAAACGGGUGCAUUGUGGACGAGACGGUUCAAAUCUUCUCCCCCCGUCACCAGAGGCAUUUCCAGUUCGGAAUGGAAGCUUUCAAAUUCAUCGGAAUGCAUGACCAGGUGUACAUCAGCUGUUCAGUGAUCCUGUGUGAGGCUGGGAACCCCAACACCCGGUGUGCCCAGGGCUGCGUCAACUCCCCCUCCCCCCAGCCUGCUGGUCACCACCACCACAAGAGAGAGGCCGCCAUGCAAACGGCCAAACACCACAUUUCCCAGGGUCCUUUGCGCCUGAGAAAGAGUUCAGAGAGCUCAGGUAAUCCAGUGACCAACAUGAACAUGGGGUUGCUGGUUGGGUGUAUCGUAGCAGCCGUUGCCAUGCUGUGCGGAGUGAUGCUCUACAAGGCCAAAACAUCAGGCGUUAAAUACCAGCCCCUGACAACAUUUGAGACUUAG